CGUGGACGUGUAAUAGAACGAGAGGAGCGAAACUGCGCGCGCAGGUGGCGCGAUAUCGGUGCGUCAGAGUCGCUGGUCGGUCGGCCCGUAGUCUCGGUCUCGCCCGGGAGAACACGCGAGGGAAAGAGAGAUAGAGAGUGGCGUUACUCACUGGGUGAUCGAGCGUGGCAGAGAGAAGCGACAGAGAGCGAAAGAAACCGGCGGAAUCGCAGUGGCGGACGAAAAGACGCAGACGUUUCAACUAAUUUCGAGAUUUCUUAUCGCUGAUGCGUAAGUCGGAGCAUUCGCGUUGGAGAUCCGCCCCGAGGCCCGAAAUCGGAGGGCGCUGACGCCUCGGCGCGACAAUCCGCCACUGUCGGAUCGACGCAGCACUCAGCAGGGCCAGGAGGAACGGCGAGGGAGAAGGACGGAGAAUACCUCGCGAUACGCGCACACGGAGGUGGCCGCACACGGGGCGGGCCGGUCGGUCUCACUACUUCGUGGAGUGUAUUUUUUUCUAGCUGCACGUAGUAACCGCCGAGGAGGAGAGUGACUGGUUGACAGACAGGCGAAGAAGGACGGGAGCAACGAGGGUGGCGAGUGUCGCGCUGUUAAUGAGAGAAGACGUCCCAUCGACGUGUGUUUUGAGAGGACACUGAUGCCGAACGGUGGCUGGACCGCGUGGUCUUGCGAGGAGGCUCCGUCAGUGAUCGCCGCAGUUCCGUCCGAUAGCGCAGAGCGCACUGUUAUUGUUAUUGUUGUUGAUCGAUAUUCGUAAGAGGAAGAGAAGAAGAGUGAGAGAGAAAGCUAGCUGGGGUGAACGGGAGACGGGGAGAAGAAACUGUCGCGGCAGGAAGCACCGAGAGGUUGGCAACGGUGGUGGUGCCCGCUGCCGUUGGGUGGUGGUGGUUCGCCGUGACACAAGUGGUGGAACGGAGGCGACGAAGGACACGACCGUGAGAAGAAAGAGGGUUGUUAUGGGGCGAGAAUCCCGUGGCGUGCUGCUGCUCGUCGCGCUGGCCGUGCUGGCAGUCGCGGACGCCUUCUCGACUGACAGUAAGCUUGCUUGUCCUUUGAGGCUGUUCCGAUGUGCCAAUGGCAGAUGCAUACCAAUCUCGUGGGUCUGCGAUAAAUCGGACGAUUGUUCUGACAAUUCCGACGAAAGCUCGGAGGAAUGCAAAAACCUGGAAUGCAAGGACACGGACUUCAAGUGCAGUAACGGCAGAUGCAUACCUAAUAUAUGGCAUUGCGACGGCGAUCGAGAUUGCCCGGACGGGAUUGACGAGGACCCCGCUCUUUGCAAGAACAAGACCUGUACACCGGAACAAUUCACGUGCCAUUCGGGAAAUGGCGAGUGCGUGCCAUUAACAUGGAUGUGCGACGGCAGACCUGACUGUUCGGACAAAUCAGACGAGGCUGAAUGCAACGACACUUGCCGGUCCGAUGAGUUUACCUGCGCGAACAAACACUGUAUCCAGCAACUGUGGGUUUGUGACAACGACAACGAUUGCGGAGACAACAGCGACGAGAAGGGUUGUGGACCGAUAACGUGUCAUCCUGGCACUGAUUUUGCGUGUUCAGAGAAUUAUUGCAUAACAUCGCGAUGGAGAUGCGACGGUGCCUACGAUUGUCCAGAUCAAUCCGAUGAGAUGGGAUGCAAGGAUAUUGAGAAUGGGAAGAAGAUAAGCCACUGUGAGAACAAGGAGUUCGAUUGCGACGAUGGUGUUACUUGCAUCCAUCAGACUUGGGUAUGCGACGGCGAAAAAGACUGUCCCAAUGGUGCGGAUGAAUCCCCACAGAGAUGCCACAAUGUAACUUGCAGACCCGAUCAAUUUCAGUGCGAAGAUCGACGUUCGUGCAUCUCAGGUCAUCUGUAUUGCAACGGUAAAGCCGAAUGCUCCGAUGGAAGCGACGAGAAGAAUUGUACAAGCAAAAUCGUAAGCUGCGAUCCACGAAUUCAGUUUGAGUGCAGCGAGGGCUCAUGUAUUCCUCUAGAAAACGUCUGCAACAAAAACCCAGAUUGCAUCGGCUGGGAGGAUGAGAGUGCCGAGCUCUGCGACGUGAAUGAAUGUGCAAAAAAUAACGGUGGAUGUUCGCAGAUUUGUGUCGAUUUGCCUAUUGGUUACCGAUGUGACUGCCGUACGGGUUAUAGACUUAUCGACAAUCGCACGUGCGAUGAUAUUGAUGAAUGCUUGGAACCGGGUAGCUGUUCUCAAUUUUGCCAUAAUGAAAAAGGUGGUUUUAAAUGCAGCUGCGCUAGCGGUUAUCUUAAAGAUCCGCGAAAUUUAACACGUUGUAAAGCCGCGGAGGGUCACGCAAGUUUGUUAUUUGCUCGUCGACAUGAUAUUCGAAAAGUAGCUCUAGACCGUCAAGAGAUGACUGCUAUCGUUAAUAAUACUAAAAUGGCAACAGCUUUGGAUUUUGUCUUUCGCACUGGAAUGAUUUUCUGGAGCGACAUCAGUGAAAAGAAAAUUUACAAAGCUCCAAUAGAUGAAGGAAAUGAGCGCACAGUCGUUAUCGAAAACGAUUUUACCACAUCAGAUGGAUUGGCAGUUGACUGGAUUUACAGUCACAUUUAUUGGACAGACUCUGGAAAAGAUACUAUCGAAUUGGCCAAUUUCGAAGGAAAUAUGAGGAAGACUCUGAUACGAGAUCGCAUUCAAGAACCUAGAGCGAUAGCAUUGAAUCCAUUGGAAGGUUGGAUGUUUUGGACAGACUGGAGCGACGAGGCUCGUAUUGAACGAGCCGGCAUGGAUGGCACUCAUCGAUCGGUGAUUGUCGGUAAUGAUGUCAAGUGGCCUAAUGGGUUAGCUUUAGACUUGAUUGGCAAGAGAGUAUAUUGGGUAGACGCAAAAUUGAACAUCAUAGGUUCCUGUAAUUACGACGGUACCGGUAGACGAACAGUACUAUACUCUCCCGAAAGUCUUAGGCAUCCCUUCAGUAUAACAACCUUCGAAGAUUACGUAUACUGGACCGAUUGGGAUAAGGAAACAAUUUUUAAAGCUAACAAAUUCACCGGCAAAGAAGUAGAAGCCGUUACGUCAAUCAGAACGCUUCAGCAUCCGAUGGUAGUCCAUGUAUAUCAUCCUUACAGACAGCCUGAUGGAAUGAAUCAAUGUCAAGCUGUCAAUGGACAUUGCAGUCAUCUAUGUUUGCCCGCGCCUAAAAUCAACUCUAGAUCACCACUAUUAUCGUGCGCCUGUCCGGACGGUUUACGAUUAUUACCUGAUGGAUUGAUGUGUGUGGAAAAUGUUACUAGGACCAUAGCGCCGUCCACGCAAACACCCAUGAUGCCGUUCCAGAGGCUCAAACCUCUGAAUGUUACUACGACUGCCAAUCCAUUAUCAUCAGGAGAUGCAGAUGGAAAAGGAAACUCAAUAACUGAAUCUACAGAUCCUGGUUUAGUCGCUGGCAUCGUGAUAGGUGUAGUGUCCUUAGGACUGUUAUUACUUGCACUUGUUGCAGUGCUGUGCUACAGGCAUUAUCUUCAUCGUAAUGUUACUAGUAUGAACUUCGAUAAUCCCGUCUAUAGAAAGACUACAGAAGAUCAAUUUAGUCUUGAGAAAAACAGAUUCCCACUCCCUGCAGCUACAGUUGGAGAAGAGGCUCAAGAACCAUUGACAAGUCCUGGAACAAAUGAUUAUGUUUAAGACUCAGUCUGUCAAUAUAUAAAAGAUUCAACAGGCUACAGAAGCACUAUAUCGACCAAGUGAUAAAAUGUAAAGAAAGACAAGGUAUUUGCGUUAAAAGAGCCUGUCCAAACGCAUCAUGCCUGCGCUCGCUCGCAAGCCUGCCAACAAACUGUGAUUAUGUUAAUUUUUUUUGUAUCUCUAUUUCUUUACAAACUUUAGCACUUUGUCACUCAAAUAUAUGUAUAUUAUGCGUGCAACAUUUAGAUUUGCUCUAGGACGUAAAGGGAGAAAUAUCUAGAGAAACUGUUGCCAAAUAAUCUAUCUUUAUGUAGCCAAAUAGUUUAAUGACAACUUAACUCUUAUAUCGCCUUUUUGGUAUGGCAUA